AUGCCAAAUGAACCAAACAUGGUCAAUGUUCCAGACAACAUCAUUGAAAUUCGAGAUGCCUACAAAAGCUACACCAGUGGUUUUUCAAGUUCCUCAUAUAUGGAUACAGCUGUAUUUAAAGGCCUCAGUAUGACAGUAGAGAGGGGGUCCAUAUAUGCUCUUCUUGGACCAAGUGGUUGUGGUAAAACAACACUUCUUAAGAGUAUCGUUGGCCGAUGUCGUAUUGAUGGUGGAGAAAUAACACUAAAGAUUCAAGACAGAUCUAACAUUGGAUACAUGCCACAAGAUAUUGGUUUGGUCGGCGAAAUCAAUAUAAAGGAAACAUUAAGUUAUUAUGGUUGGAUUUAUGGUAUAAGAGGUGAUAAACUUGAAGAAAGAAAACAAAUAUUGUUUUCCUUCUUGGAAAUCCCACCAGAACAUCGAAGAAUUAUGGAAUUAAGUGGUGGACAAAAAAGAAGAGUAUCAUUAUGUCUUGCCCUUCUUCACAAUCCUGAAUUGCUGAUAUUAGAUGAGCCUACAGUUGGAAUAGACCCAAUUUUAAGUCACAAUAUCUGGCAGUAUUUAUUGGAAUUAUCAACAGUUGAAAAAAAAACAAUACUCUUGACUACACACUACAUUGAAGAAGCAAGACAAAGUAAUAAGGUUGGAAUGAUGAGGGAAGGAGUUCUGGUUUUAGAAGGAGAAGCGAGAUCUCUCAUGGACCGUUAUGACUGUAAUACUCUGGAAGAUGUAUUUGUCAAACUAAGCUAUAUCCAAGAAUCAGAGAGAUGUGAUAAUACUGAGAUGGAAAAAGUGCUGAAACCAUCAGUGAAACCAAAAUUACCGCUUUGUGAUGAAAAAUUGUUCUCAUUCAAUUGUUUCAUAGGGUACUUUUUGAAGAAUUUAUACUUUAUAAAAUAUGGUUUUUUUGGAUGGUUUUUAAUGUUUUUCCUUCCGAUAUCAACCUGUGUGUUUUUCCAGUAUACAAUAGGGAGAAUACCCCGUGAUUUAAAAGUAGGUGUUAUCAAUGAAGAAUUGUCAAUCCAACAUGGAAACUGUGAAAAUUUCUCAAAUCUCACCUGCUUUCCAGCAUUUUGUGGGUACUUGACUCUGCUCGAAAAACAAAAUAUUAUUCCAGUAACUUAUAAUGAUACAGAGACAGCUUUUGAAAAUUUUAUGAAAAAUAAGAUUCAAGGCAUCCUGCACAUAUCUGAAAACUUUACAGAAUCUUUACAAGAGAGAUUAUACAAGAGCAUGACUACUCCCGAUAGUGUCAUUGAACAAAGUGAAGUAAAAGUUUGGAUUGACUCAACAAAUAAAGUAAUAGGAGACUUUUUGAAAUACACGGUAUACCACACGUUUUUUGACUAUUUGGAAAAUUUAUCACAAACAUGUCAGUGGCCUGUAAACCAUACUUUGCUGCCCAUCCAGUUCAAUGUACCAGUGUUUGGAAAGGAUAACCCUGGGUUCAUCGAAUUCUCAGUGCCUGGCAUUGUGUCAAUAUUGGAUUUUUUUCUACCUGUAGCCUAUGUGUUACCUAUCCUUCAAGAUAAAAGGAGCGGUAUUGUUGAAAGAAGUUUAAUAUCAGGACUCACCAAUUUGGAAAUUCUGGCUGCAUACAUGGCCAUUACCAUGUUGCUGUUUUUGGUACAGAGCGCUUGUAAUGUGAUAAUCCUUUAUGGAAUUUAUGGUCACAUAUUUGAUGGCAGCAUCAUUUUGGGAUUUACAUUAAUGACAUUAAUGGGAUUUAAUGGAUUGUGCUUUGGUCUAUUUGUGGCAGUUUUAUGUGAUACAGAAAUAGCUGCAACAUUUAUUAUGAGUGGUGUUUUAAUCUCUAAUACACUCACAUGUGGUAUGCUUUGGGCUCCUGAGGGAAUGCAUUCUUUUCUUAAAAGAAUUAGGUGGCUUUUCCCUUUGUCUUUUGCAACUGAAUCAUAUAGGGCAAUUUCCAACAGAGCUUGGACGAUUUCACAUCCUGUUGUUUACACUGGAUUUAUUUCUGUCAUUAUGUGGACAUUAAUCUUUUGCCUUGCAACUUUUGUCCUUGUAAAACUUAAAAGAGGAAGAGGACAUUAA